GGGUUGUCAGGCAGGUUAUAAGAGUUCGGGCCAAUUGGAGGCGCAGACACGGUUCGACCGGGGCGCAGCGCGCAGGCGGAGGCGAAAAGACGCCGGAGCGGGCCGAGUGCGGCCGAGCAAAGCCGGAGCCGGAGCGGGACCGCAGCAGCCGGGCCAGGUCCCGACGGGCCGAGAUGCCCUAUAAACUGAAGAAGGAGAAGGAGCCCCCCAAGCUUGCCAAAGGCACAGCCAAGCCUAGCAGCUCGGGCAAGGAUGGUGGAGGCGAGAACGCCGAGGAGGCCCAGCCACAGGUGCAGACACAGCCUCAGCCCCAGUCCCAGCCCCCACCAUCCAACAAGCGUCCCAGCAACAGCACACCACCCCCCACACAGCUCAGCAAAAUCAAGUACUCAGGGGGGCCCCAGAUUGUCAAGAAGGAACGCCGGCAAAGCUCUUCCCGCUUCAACCUCAGCAAAAACCGGGAGCUGCAGAAGCUUCCUGCCCUGAAAGAUUCGCCAACCCAGGAGCGGGAAGAGCUUUUCAUCCAGAAGCUACGCCAGUGCUGUGUUCUCUUUGACUUUGUGUCAGACCCACUCAGUGACCUCAAGUUCAAGGAGGUGAAGCGGGCAGGACUCAACGAGAUGGUGGAGUACAUCACCCAUAGCCGCGAUGUGGUCACUGAGGCCAUUUACCCUGAGGCUGUCACCAUGUUUUCAGUAAACCUCUUCCGGACACUGCCACCUUCAUCAAAUCCCACGGGGGCUGAGUUUGACCCUGAAGAGGAUGAGCCCACCCUUGAGGCAGCCUGGCCCCAUCUCCAGCUCGUGUACGAGUUUUUCUUACGUUUCCUUGAGUCUCCUGAUUUCCAGCCAAACAUAGCCAAGAAGUACAUUGACCAGAAGUUUGUCCUUGCUCUCCUGGACCUCUUUGACAGUGAGGAUCCUCGAGAGCGGGACUUCCUCAAGACCAUCUUGCAUCGCAUAUAUGGCAAAUUUUUGGGGCUCCGGGCCUAUAUCCGCAGGCAAAUUAAUCACAUCUUCUACAGGUUCAUCUAUGAGACAGAGCAUCACAAUGGGAUUGCUGAGCUCUUGGAGAUCCUGGGCAGCAUCAUCAAUGGCUUUGCCCUGCCUCUUAAAGAAGAGCAUAAGAUGUUCCUUAUCCGUGUCCUGCUUCCCCUUCACAAAGUCAAGUCCCUGAGUGUCUACCAUCCUCAGCUGGCAUACUGUGUGGUACAGUUUCUGGAGAAGGAGAGCAGUCUGACGGAGCCGGUGAUUGUGGGACUUCUCAAGUUCUGGCCCAAGACCCACAGCCCCAAGGAAGUGAUGUUCCUGAAUGAGCUGGAGGAGAUUCUGGACGUCAUUGAACCUUCAGAGUUCAGCAAAGUGAUGGAACCGCUUUUCCGCCAGCUUGCCAAAUGUGUCUCCAGCCCCCAUUUCCAGGUGGCAGAGCGUGCCCUCUAUUACUGGAACAACGAGUACAUCAUGAGCCUCAUAAGUGACAAUGCUGCCCGGGUCCUCCCCAUCAUGUUCCCUGCACUCUACAGGAACUCCAAGAGCCACUGGAAUAAAACAAUCCAUGGACUGAUCUACAACGCCCUUAAACUGUUUAUGGAGAUGAACCAGAAGCUUUUUGAUGACUGUACACAGCAAUACAAGGCAGAGAAGCAGAAGGGCCGGUUUCGAAUGAAGGAGAGGGAAGAGAUGUGGCAUAAGAUUGAGGAGCUGGCCCGGCUUAAUCCCCAGUAUCCCAUGUUUCGAGCCCCUCCACCGCUGCCCCCCGUGUACUCAAUGGAGACAGAGACCCCCACAGCAGAAGACAUCCAGCUUCUGAAGAGGACGGUGGAAACAGAGGCUGUGCAGAUGCUGAAAGACAUCAAGAAGGAAAAAGUACUACUUCGGCGGAAAUCAGAGCUGCCCCAGGAUGUGUACACCAUCAAGGCUUUGGAGGCGCACAAGCGGGCGGAAGAGUUCCUAACUGCCAGCCAGGAGGCUCUCUGACCCCCCCCCCCACUUUCCCUCCACAGGACCAUAGCCCACUCAGCCCCUGAACGCUGCCCCAACCCUCCACCCUCUGCUCCCUGUUGGCUGACAUGGGGCAAGGCAGCACCUCUAGCUACUCUAGGGAGUGGGGAGGGGGAUGCAGGCACUUGAAGCAGGGACACCCACAGGGUAGUCUCUCCCAAAACGUGUUCAUGCCUCCCUGUGGCUAGUGCAGAUAGGCUGUGUUCUCAGACAUCCAGACAACCUGGGGGAGCCAGGCCCCUUCCUGCUCCUCAGGCACAGCUCCCUGAGGCUGCUUUGAGAAACAUACCCAGGAGCAUACACGGGCCUCUCUACCCUUUGCCCUUAUUUGAGUUCCAAGUGUCUGUCCUCUUCCUCCCCUGCAGAGGCAUAUAGGGAGCAGCAGGAAAUUCUCACCAAAGUUUUAUCAAGCCCCACUGGCUCCUGGAGAGCCCAGACCCAACAGCACAACUAAGCCCCCAGCCCAGCAGCGAGCAGGUUGAUAGGGAUGUAUUCUUUCCCCUCCGCCACCCCGCCUGACAGAGACAACAUUGUGGGAAGGUCAAAGGAAAAUCUAGGCUGUGGAUAAUAGGUGAUGAAUACAGGGGCCCAGACCAGGGGAUAGUGGUAGGAAUGAGCACACCCCUACAUACCGUCUGCCCCCUCUGGUGAGCAGCAGUCCCAGGAUCACAGACAUGGAUGGGACCACCCUGAGGCUGACUGCUUUCCAGUGGCUCUUGGAAAAAGCUGGAAGGAAGCAGGGAGCAGUGCCCCAAGCAUGGCUCCUCCAACACCUAUUUAUUUUCUUGUUUGUGCUGAUGCUGGGCAGGCCCUCACUUGCCCCUCUCAGGCACCUUGUAGGGGGCAAGGGGCUGAAGAGGGCUGGACCUGGGUUCUGGGCACAGCAGUGCACCUUUGGCUGUGUACAUAGGGUGCUUUAUUCUCCAUAGAGUGAUACAUGCUUAGGUGGGUUGGGCUUGGGCCAAUGUCCCCUUAUGUACAGAACUGAAUAAAGUAGGUCUGAGAAGAAGUC